AAAAAAAAGAAGAAGAUGAAAUAUUAUGUAUUCGAUCGGAUUUAAAUUAAUUGACAUGUAUUUCUUUUAGUAAAUAUAUUAUUGUUCCACGACCUUUACAAUGUGAUGAUGUUUUACCUACAAUACAAUCUGCAAUUAUGCUAAUAAAUAAUAUCAAUACGUCACCGUUAAUGGUCAAUGAAGAAUAUAAUUCAUUAAUUUGUCUUUUUCGUGGUAAUAAACGUCUUACUCUUGUUAAUACAGCAAAAUAUCCUGAUAUUCGACACAUUGUCAAUCCACAAAAUCGACAAUCUCAGCAAACACCUGUUGAUCCCGAUAGAGUUGAUUUUGAUCAAUUUCCUGAAUUUACAAAUAUUGAAUAUCAUGUUGCUAAUUUAACUGCAGGCGAUUGUUUAUUUAUUCCAAUAAAUUGGGUAUUUCAAGAACGUUCUUUAGAUAAUACAAUAACAGUUAUAUAUAAUAUUCAUCAUAAACAAGCAUUAAAUAUUGAUUUAAAUCAAAUCGAAACUUGUUCAAAAGAUGAUUCAUAUGAUUCUUCAUUUACACUUGAUCAAAUCGAUUGGGCAUCGAUGCAAAAUGAACCACGAAAUUUUAGAGAAAUAAUUAUGGAUUUAAUAAAUACAAAAUCGAAUACAUUUGAAAAAUGGCAAGAAACAUUUUCGAAGCAUUUAUCUUUUGAUUUAGCGUCAGAUUCUGAUACAGCAGCCAUUUUUGAAGAAUUGUAUGGUAUUAUUGAUCUUGAUGGUAGUGGUGAAGUAACAAUCGGUGAAAUUGAAUUAAUCAAAGGAGCACAUCAACAUCAUAUUUCUGAUAUUCUAUAUGAAAUUGUUAAAUUAGUUGAUGAAAAACAAAAGAGCAAAACAUCAAAAAACGAUAAUCAAGAAGAAACAUUAGAAAAUGAAGAUACAGAUGAACAUUUAAAUUUAGAAAAUUAUAAAACAGAUUUAUGA